AUGGCGUUAAUCAAAACUACUAUUGAACCAGUCUUCACUUGGUCCCCCAAUUGCUAUAGCGAUGAGAAGACUAAAUGUAGCUGCUAUGGUGAUGAUGAUUUUCGUUGUACAAUUGUAGACAGACUCAAUGAUAUUUACAUCGAGUUUUCUUCCAACUUACGGACUCUGGUUGUAAUUUGUUCCAUAGGCACAGAAACUAAUAUAAAUUAUCUACUCGAUCGCAAAUUUCAGUCAAUUUUACUUAAAACCCGUUAUUUGGAAGUGACAAAUUGCAAGAAUUUUACACACGAAAUCUAUAUGAAUGACGAUGUGCGGGAAAUUCUAAUAGACAUGCAGGAGUUGAAUAAAAUAAUACUAGUAAAUAACAAUGACCUUGCUGCAGGAACAAUGGAAUAUUAUGGUGCCGUCAUGAAUAUGCUUCACUUACAAUUGAUUAUUAAAUCAAAUCGUAAUGAAAUCCGGAAAGCAGAUGUUAUAAGCAUACCAACUGACACAUUUUCUACGCUGAACCAACUGGAAACGCUUACGCUUAGCGUAUACAGUCUACGAAACUUUUCGCUGCAAAACUUGACGCAAACACACUUUAAGAACCUCACUGCGCUCAGACAGCUUAACUUAGCCGGAAAUAAUAUGAGAAUGUUGGACGCCAACAUCUUUGCAGCGCUAAAGCAAUUGAAUUGUCUGAAUUUGAGCCGUAAUGAAAUCCGAGAAUUGCCCGAAAGUCUGCUUGCAAAUCAGCGUCAACUUCUCAUACUGGAUCUGAGUCAUAACUCAUUGACAUAUUUACCGUCACACCUUUUCAAUCACACUCCUUGGUUAUGGCAGUUGAAACUUGGUGGCAAUCAACUGCACGACAGUACAAAUCUUAUGGAAAAUCUGAAACCGCUGCGUUACCUACAUAGGCUAGACGUGAGCCAGAAUCAACUGCAAACUAUUUGGAGCACCGAGACUUCCGUCAAUAGAACACCAAGCUUACUAAAAAAUUUUCAAUACAGCUACUCGUAUAAGGGCAUGACUGAUGAUUUAGCCGACCACCUUAAUUAUAUUAUCAAGUUGCAACCAGAAAAUUACGAAGAUGGCAAGAUUAACUCAACAAUAAUCAAUUUAAGUGGCAAUCGUUUGCGCGACUUCUCUUUGGAUUGGCUUGUAGCAGUGAGCAUAACAUGCCCUUUUGAAAUAAACCUAGAGCACAAUCUGAUUGAAAACAUUUUUGCUUUACAAAAUUUCUUCGUUACCACUGACGAUUGUUGGUCCGAAAUCAAAAUGGCUGGUAAUCCGAUCGUGUGCGAUUGUAAAUUGGCUUGGAUUUACAGUGAAAACUAUCGUUUGCUGUUCAAUGGUUUACAGUGCGUUCAGUCGUCAACCAAACUAGUAAAAGAUCUCGCGCAGCUGGAACCUAAAGAACUGUGUGCUUGGGAGCCAGUCAUGUGCCCCAUCGAAUGUAAUUGUUACACACAAUUUGAAUUUCUGCACAUCAAUUGCAAGGGUGCGCAACGUAUCGAACAGCUCCCACGCUCCGAGCAAGUUGGGCUCAAGAGUUCGAUACUCGACAUUAGCAAUAACAAUUUCAUUGAAUUGCCGCUAAACACGACCUUCGGCUAUGGUAACGUUUCACAACUCAACGCGUCGUACAAUAAAAUCACGAGCAUAAAUAUCAGUCAACUGCCAACCAAUUUGACGGUUUUGGAUCUACGAAAUAAUCGCUUAAAAUCUUUAAAUGAUGAAUUUUUGCGUGCAUACCUCAAUGAGAGUACAAAACUAAAAUUUCUCUAUCUAAGUGAAAAUCCUUGGUUUUGCAACUGUUCCACGCUGCAACUGCUGUACACCAUACGCACACAUCGGAGACGCAUACCCGAUGCCGACCAGUUACUCUGUGUUAAUCUGCCGAACGAUACACUCCUAAUAGCAAUUGUGAGAGAAUUGUGUGCAACUCCUGUUAACGCUGAAUAUUAUCAGUACUUGAUUACAACUCUGAUUAGUAUAGCGUUAACCAUUAUUAUUUUACUUUGCAUUAUCGCACUCUUCUAUAAAUAUAAAUUAGAAGUGAAAGUCUGGUUAUAUAGCCAUAACAUAUUGAGAUUUUGGAUUAACGAAUGUGAGCUGGAUGAGCAUAAAAAAUUCGAUGCCUUUAUUUCAUAUGCACACCAGGAUGCAGACUUCGUCAACCAUACAUUACUGCCGCAGCUCGAACAGUCCGAACCACCAUUUCGUGUAUGCACGCACGAACGCAAUUGGCUGGCUGGCGCUUAUAUACCUGAACAAAUCAUCGAAUCGGUGGAACAGUCACGUCGGACGAUCAUUGUGCUCUCGCAGCAUUUCAUCGAGUCGGAUUGGGCGCGCAUGGAGUUUCCCACAGCGCAUCAGUGCUCGUUGAACGAGGGUCGUGCGCGCAUAAUAAUGAUUAAAUAUGGUGAAAUCUCGAACAGUGAGUUAUUUAGAGAGCUAAAGGCAUAUUUGGAUAUAAAUACAAAUCUGGAUUGACAAGAUAUCAGAUUUUGGGACCAAUUACGCUACGCCAUGCCACAUAAAUUGGGUAGAGAGAGGAAUUCCGAUAUGCUAAAAAUUAACGGCAGAAUGUAUGUUAUGGGACAAGUUGAGAUGAAUCGUUUGCGUGACGAAAUUGUUUAA